GGCUGUUCCGCCCUUAUCUCAAACGUCAGCACGCCUCCGCGCCGAUCAUCGUACAUCUGAUAUUUAUUUCUGCCGCGACCAAUACCAUUAUUAUCUUCCAAGAUACCUGCUUCUGCCUCUCCCUUCACCUGGACAGGGUCACAGACUGCUUAUAAUCGAUCAUAUUCCAAGUCCGAGCCAUGAGGGCUUGGAGCAAGUAAAGUCUCGCUCGUGUCUCGAUUUGGUUGCGUCUUCCUUUUCGUUUUGCGUAUAUCCAAUCCAUCUGGGUCGGAGGACCUCUAGUGUUUCUACUUUCUUUGCAGUGGUGUAAAGCUUGCUCUGCAAGAUGCCUUCCUUUCCCUCUUUUUUGAAGCAUCCAAGGGCGGGAAGGGGGCAAAUUGACAACCAGGAUCGUAAUGACAUUCGUAUCAACAUGGUCAAUGACACCACAGAGCAAGAGAAGGAGCAGCAGAGGAAAUCCAAACGCCACUUCUUUCGCAACCUACUCAAGAGACCCAGCAGUAACUCAAAGGCAAAACGGGGGACACUUGAGUUUUUGAAGUCACCACGAAAUUCUCAAACGCACUCCCGAAAAUCUCUCACGCCUGCGAGUAUCAUGUCCAAUCCAAAUAAACCUCUGCCUCUUCCACCUCUACCCAGCACCAUUGAGUCAGAGUCGCCGAGACCAACCAAGAAUCCUCAGAGAAUCAUCUCGCCACUCGCGCUGCCAGAACUACAAAAACUCUUCUCUGGGGCACCUCAGUUCUUUGCGCGCUCUGAGGGGCAUCAUACAGGUGCACCGCAUCCUUUCGUCGCUUUUCCUUGGGAUUUGGAGGUGGAGAUACGGGACCUCUGUGACCAUAUAAAGAUCCAGAACGAGGCAUGGAGCUCUAUAACAGCGUUGCCGCAUAUCACUCGAGAUAUUCAGAGCAAUUCUACAGCAGUCACUGAGCAUCAUGAAAAGCAAAAGGCUCAUUACUUACCAAGCUGCCGGGAAAGGCCCAACAUGCUCAGCAUGCAGGGGAUGGAACGAGGGACACUUGGUUUUACUGCGGCUUUAGAGCUUGGAGUGGCAGAUGCUCUUCAAGAGCCAGAGCCUCUCCCAGAUGGAUAUCCGGAGUCUCUUUCGGAGCGCCGAGAAAUUUUCCUCAAUGGGAAGGAUGGUGUGAGGCCUCUGGCUGAAUCUAUCCUUCUAGAGCGUCUCGCCAGUGCAAGCGUGGCCUACCACGAUGAUGAUUACUUGAAACGUCAGCGGCCAACCGUGGACCUAUAUACAGAGCUUUUCACCCAGGUUCUGUUUCCUCCCUCAAGAGUCACUGACUCCCAUGAUCCAUACAGUCUUCAAGUCCAGAUCGAGGCUCUCGUUCAAGCACUGGCUGCUCCCGUCUGGGUUGACUUCAGCCUCCCCGAGUGGCGGAUAAGGCUUGGCCAGAUUCUUUGGGGUUCACCAGUCGAAAAUGACACAGACGACGAUAUUAUGGUUAACAAAGAGAUUGCGCACGAAGCGGGCAUAGAGAGGUAUUGGCUCUUGCUUCAAAUUCUCUUGUCUUGUGAGUUACUUUUGCGGCUCGAUGCAAUAUCAAUAAAUAUAGACCGUGGUCUUGAGGAUGCACAGCCGUCGGAUAUUAAGCGUUUUAACAAGAAGGCUACUAUGAGCGUCAGAUGGUCCCUCAUCCUUGCCCGUUGCUGGCUUGAGAACAUACAGAUCGAGAUAAGGAGUGCAGUGACUGAGUCGGCCAAGAAAGCGCCUGCAGGCUGGCUAGCGACGCUAACUGGGACCGCAGAUCUGUCAGAUGAAGCAGAUGAUGAUAUUAUUCACGAUAUUCAGUUUCAGGGCAGGCAUCAAAGACGACAGCUUUCUGGACUACUUCACUUUGCUCGCAAGCUGAGUUGGCCCAACGCCGAAGCUCUUGCGGCAAAAAUCACGGACAAUAGCAUUGCCAUAUCUGAGGGUUUACAAAGCAAUCUAGCUGCAGGUACACCUCUGUCAGCAUUGGCCAGACGCUCUGAUUCCUACUUUCCGACCCCAAGACCUGAUAUGCGAACUGAAUUGCCCAAAUCACAGAACAUUUCUGCAGUAUUUCAUCCUUCCGGAUGGCUCUCGAAUUCCUACAUUAGUGGCCUCAUUCUGCCCGGUGAAGGCCUCAGCCAUUUUAUGAUCUCUACCUUAUUAGAGAACGAUGAUGCUGCUGUCUCGACAUUAGGGCAGGAGGCAAAUUUCUAUGGGGGAUUUUCCUAUGGUGGUCGAAGCUUCUGGAGCACUGCUUGUAUAGUCGGGAGGGUUUUGGCUGCCGGAAAAGGGGCCUCUGAAUGUGUGGGAUGGAUAUCUUCAGAUAUAGUACCAGAAGGGGCCGGGGAAGGUUGGCUAGACAUUAGUGUGGAGCCCCUCUCACAUAAUGAUAAUGACAAAAGAAAACCUCGGAUAUGGCAGAAGACAUCUAUUGAGACUGAUGGCCAUGUGAUCGGCGGCGCCGACACUUCAUCGGUUUUGCCAGGUGAUUUCACCUUUCCGUCAGAUGAAUCCAUUCAGCGAGCUCUUUCCAUAAAACUGGAAUCCCUUGACCUCGUCGCCACAGAUUCCGUUCGUACGACAGCGAUGAAAGAUCCAUCAACAGCUUCGAGCGAAUUCAGCGAGGCGCCAGCGAUUCCAACAUACUCUGCGGAGAUGAGGUUUUCCGUCGAUGCUGAUGGAGAAGGCACGGAUGAGAUAAACCUUUCUCUCAAAUACGACACCCGCUUUGUGACGGCUCACCCCUGCGUUGCCAUGCAGUACACUGAGCUACUAAAAUCGCCAACAAGCUCGGCAUUCCGGGUCCCAGACAGACCUGGAUUUUGGAAUUCCACAGGCCACCCACUCCACAAAGCCUUUACAUAUACCAAACUCACUCUCUACAAUCUUCUUUCCUUGCCAGCAUACCUUCCCUUCGAAUCCCUUCUUUCUCCAUCCAUACCCGGAUUUGACGCAGCCCACUCCACGACCCACACUACGAACAGCACCAUUCCCAAGGUGCUCGUCAUCGACUGCACGGACUACUCCAUGACUGCGUUCCCUGUGCGCCCUUGCCCAUCGCCCCAGACGCCGCAUCCGCCCAAGCAUAGGUUCGGGAGUGACAUGGAGGUCCUGGCCAGAGCCCUGUGCGCUGAGAGGGGCUGGAAUGCGCUUAUUAGUCGGAAAGGUAGAGGUUGCCUCGCCUGCGCCGUCAGGGAGGCCGGCGCGCUGGGGUGGAGGGUUGUGUUGCGGUUUGCAUGAGGAUUUCAAAACUGGGAAACAGCAUAAUAGGAUUAGAUUGGAUUGCGAAUAUAUAUGAUACC